AUGGCGCCGGUGGCGCAGAGGCCAUUGUUCGCGGACACCAACCUUGGCACCCGUCUCGCGGUAGCCGUUCCUGCGGAUAUCACCGUCGGGAAUCUGAAGAGUAAGUGAUGGGAAAGAAAGGUCGCCUUCCGCUCCUGUCUGGCUCGUCGCAACCUCGCGUUCUUUCUUUCAUUCUUUAUUUUUUUUUAUUUUCGUCUCGUUUCAUAUGCUUCGUGAUGAGUAGUCUUUUUCUAGGAACUAUUCUUUAGCUCCACGAGAAAUGGCCUUUUUGGUAUGCUUUUUUGCCAUCUUGGGACCGGUGGUUCUCCAGAUGUUAAACCAUUUUCAUUUUCGUAUGCUUUUUGCGGUGGAUUAGCCCUUUCUUCUUCCUUGGAUCCGUUGACCCUUAGGGAAGCAUAGGAACCGAGUCUCUUCAUGGGGGACAGCACCUAUGCUUCUAGCGUCUUUCUGCAGAUCAACACUUGGUCACUACAUAAAUGCACCAGGGAACUUGGAUGUAUGUUUUUUCAGCAAGGGGAUGGAUUAAUGAAUAUGCCGAGGAUAUUCAGUUGAAAGAGGGUAUGAGAUGUUAAUUCGAUAUUUUGCACGGCCUAGACGAUGGUCAAAUAGUGGUUAGUUUGGAACAACCUAAUGUUUACAUUGACUUAAUAGAUUUAUGUUCUACAAUCGAAACCCAUUUUCUUCUUGGGGGAAUGCUCAUUAUAUGAUGGAGCUCAUAUAAUACUCAUAAAACUAUCGAUAAUAGUUCCUUGUAGAUGAUACACAGGUGGGUCUACUUGUGUGAUCCUCUUGACGAAAACAAUAUAUGGUUUGCUUUUCUUAAAUGUUUAGACAAUAUCUUUGUUAUUUUCCAAGGUGGUCAAUACGAUUUUUGUGUAUAGUUUUUGAAAUUUCCAUAGACCUGAUGGUUAAUAUAUAAAGGGAUGAUGUCUGUUGCAAUCAUAAUCAACCUCAUGUAUCUAAGUUUUAGGAUAUAUUGUCCUUCUAUUUUCUUGGCUUUUUGGAAUAACACAUCCUUGACUUCUGCAGAAAAACUGGGAAGGGAGCAUUCUGCUUGUUUCCCAAAACUUGGAAAGAUCAAGGUCCAUGCUUUGCUGGUAUGCCCUAUUGAUUUUAUUCUCCUGGUCAUCGUUCUGUUCGCAAAGAUUUAACUCAAGGGACUUUGGGUGACCGCUCCCAGGUUUUAUUCAAUUAAACAGGUGAAAAGAAAAAUCCACCACUACCAUCUCCCGGAUUCAAUGCCUGUUUGGAAUGUCUUUAGUGGGCUGCGGAUCACAUGGUUCCUGUUCAUGGAUAUCUCUCCUUUAGAGGGUUCUGUGGGACUGGCGGCAACUAUGCCACACACAAUACAGGGCUAUGAAGAACAAACACAAAAGAGAGGCCAACUCAGAAAACGUGCCCCUGAAACUGGUUCAAAUGAUGCUUCUGGGAGAACUUUGGAUGAUAUCGGAACAAGAAAUGUAUUAUCGGGCAAAGGGAUGGUAGCCUCAGAGACGAUUGCUGGUUUAGAUUAUCAGCAAGAGAAAAGAAGAAAAGAUGGCAGUGGUGCCAUGAAGUUUGAACUCCUGGAUAUUGGCCUAAAUGGUGGGAGCUUGCCUUCUGAAGAUGCUAUAUGUAGAAAGGAUGAGAAACCUUCAUGGCUUGCUGAAACUCCAAGCGAAAGCUUUCCUGGAAGAGUCUCCAUCACAGGGAUCAUUUCAAGUUACUUCUCUGAUCUUGACGACGUGGAUUCGUGCACUAUUAGUACAACAGCAUUCGGGAGAGUCGGUAUGACUGACAGGACUGGAGAAAGCCGUAUUAAGAGCAGUGGGUCAGCUUCAGUUGGUGCCGAUGGUUCUUUGAAGCAGUCGGAGAAGACAUCAGAGGUCAUUUUUCAUGAGAAGGAGAGAGGAACUGCUCCAUUGUCAGCCCCUGGUGAUAACUGCGAGGGUCAUAGAGAUGAUUCUCAUAUGGGAUCAUCAGACAAGCUCAGAAGAAGUGAAGUGGGGAAGCGUCUUGUCCUUGCAACAAGCAAAUCUGGGCCUUCAUCAGGUAAGAAAACGUCAGGGGUCUCCAUGUUCACCUCCAGGAGAGGGAAGCCUCUGGUAGGUGACCCCUCUUCUCCUGUCAGCAAUACUAUAUUUGACUUCCCUGAUGGUGACGAUUAA